GGAAUCGACAAGGUGGUGUUUGGCAAUAACAAUGAGACAAUAUCGGCAAUGCUUUCCGUUCAAGGAGAACACGUCCCUCUCAGCCGUCCUGUGCGAGUUGUCCCGCAAGUUGAGGUAUCCAUCACAGGUUCUCUGCCUUGCCGAACAAGUUCGGUUCUGUCAAAGCUGCGAACAGACGCUGGAUGGCUCAAGAGAUUUCGAGAAGUUGAAGGCGGCUCUACAGGAACAACUCAAAGCUUACACAAUACGAAAGUCAGCGACAUAGUGCUCGACCUCAAAUUGAAAGCGCUGAUUCUCGAUCUGAUUCAUCACAUCGAUGUCGUGGACCAACUCAUCGCCAGUCAUGCUAGCUCAUCGCAAUGUUGGACAUGGCAGCGUCAGCUUCGAUUCUAUCUCGUCGGAGACGCGGUCGUUGCUCGUCAAGUGAACAGCGAGUUCAACUACACCUAUGAGUACCAGGGUAAUACACCGAAGCUGGUCCACACACCUCUAACGGACAAAUGCUACCUCACUCUUACUCAAGCAAUGUAUAUGGGUCUCGGCGGAAAUCCUUAUGGUCCAGCUGGAACUGGUAAGACGGAAUCCGUUAAAAAGGCAAUGGAGAAACCACGUAAGAGAAAACAGUCGACACCAGGGUGGACAGGACUUCCUCGACCGUUAUUUACCAUG